AUGAACGACUUGAGAAUUUUGGAAUUUAUGGCAGAAUCACUCCACGAAUGGAUCAUUCUUCAAUCUUCAAAUAACUCAAGAAUCUUUGAUCGUCUUAUAUCAGUUCAACCACGUGUGUUUCUUCGCAACGGUGAACCAAAGAAAAGUUUCCAAAGAUACCUUGCACUAUUUCGGGACGAAUUAGACUCUAAAGUGAAGUGUAAAGAGAGCAUUUUAGAGGUACUGUUUGUGCAGUAUUUACCAGAAUCUAACUGUGGAUUUGUCGAGUUUUUAUGUCUGCAUUAUGGUGAAAACCAGGAUGAAAUUCACAGCUUAAAUUGUGGCUGGGGGAAAAAAUUGAUGAAAGAAGCAGAAGGCGUUUUAAACAAGGUGAGAAUAGCAAUCAAACUAUAGAGUGAUUUUACUUAGCCCGUGAAAUAGGCAGUAGAAUUCUACGCACUAUUAUGCACUAUUUCUAUUGUUUUCUUUUGUUUAUUUGCAGAUAUUUUGCACUAGUUGUUAUUUUAUUUUAAUAAAAGUAUAAUAUGGAAUUUGAAAUGUUAGCUAUUUGGAAUAUGGCUAUUUGAUACAAUCAAAACUCGAAAUUACUGACCUAUGAUCACGAGACACGUUUGGGCCUGAAAAUCUGUCUAUUAUAUGAUUGGUAAUAAUAUUGUUUGCACCCCCAGGGAGGGAGGUGGGGGGAGGGAAAUUAAACAAUACAAACGGCGAUUGCACAAGCAAAGUUUGUGGGGGGGAAUAGGAGGGCGGGAGCCUGAGAGAACAGGUGCAGGACAGGUACGGGAGACGGGAGAAGAAAGGGCGGGAAGCGGGAUCUCUACGAUGAUGGGAAGGCCAGAGACAAAUUCAAAAAGGCAAGUUUUUGUUAUUUUAGCUUACGUGUAGCUGCACCCUCCCUCUCUCCACUUUUCCUUUGUCAGGGGGAGGGUGUGGCUACACGUAGGCUAUCAUUAUUUGUCACUGCUUAUCAUCCAGUCAAAGAAAUACCCUGCAAGCAAAGGUUUCUCUCUUGCAUGGCUUUUAACAUUUACGAAGUCAUUCAUGUGGCUUGUCUGUUGCGUAGUUGUUAACCAACUACGCAACAGAAAAGCCACGCGAAUGACUUCGUAAACACUAAAAGGCAGCAGGUUACAGGAAGCAGGAGGUUGUGACCACCCUGUCCCCCCUCCGCCCGACAAGUUUAGCUGAACUGCAUGGGAUGCGAACAUGAUGCCCUAUAGAUUGUACAUAGUUAAUCAACUGUCAACAAUAUUAAUCUCUAUGUCUGGCUGCAAGAAAAUGUGGCCAUAUGUCUCGCUGAUGGGAAGGCUCUUAAAACAACUGAAUGCCCAGCAGUCGGAAAAUUAUUUUGAAUUUCUGCAAAAUCCUUUUUCCUAACCAUUAGAAGUAUACUAUCUUUAUUUAGACCAACCAAGCAAUCAGGAAAACAAAACUGGCUUCACAGCUGAGCAGUUGUGGUUUCUUGGGCAUAGAGUAGAGUCCACGCUGUUUCCUGAGUUACAGCGCAUGACUCGUGGGCACGAUUUCACACAGGCUAAAUACCGGGUAAGCUGGAGAGUUAAAAUUCCUUCUCUUCAGCUCCAGAGUACAUGCAUACUAGCCUCAAUUAGUUUCCCAAAACAUAACAUUUAUUAUUUGUAUUGUGCCUUUUCUAUAAACUAUUCAAAAGUGCAUCACAACAGUAACUAAUAACUAAAAUUUUACAAAUCUUUCUAUAAAAAUCAUAAAAAAUAUUUACAUUAAAUGAGUAAAAGAUAAUUACAAAUAAAGAUAUAGAUAUACUAAGAUAACUGAAAUGAUUCCUUAAAUAAAAAUGUCUUAAUUAAAGUCUUAAAAGAUUCUAAGUUCAUUGCUUUGGGCAAGGACCUUGGCAGCUUAUUCCAUAGGAAAGGAGCAGCUACCUGGAAAGCUCUGUCGCCCAAUGUUUUCUUGGUUUUCACACUUGGUCUUUCCAACAAACCAGGGGCGUAGCUACCUGUACGCAAAUACGCAAUUGCGUACCUGAAAAUAAUAAUAAAAAAUAAUAAAUAAAUAUAUAAAAUAAAAAAAUAAAUAAAAAAUAUAUUUCAAAUAUAUUUAUAUUUAUAUAUAUUUUUUAUUUUUUUGUCAUUUAGCCUUUUCUUUUACUUAUUUUUGUACCUGAACUAUAAAAUUGUUUUUCCCAUCCAAAUGUCGGUUUCUUCAGAGAAUCGAUGUGAAAUGACUCUGAUCGUGAAACUUGGAGUUUCCGGCCAUCAUUCGUGACUUUGAUCUUUUUUUGGGGGGGGGCGGGGGUGAAGAGGUGAGAUGGAAAACUGUGCGUACCUACGGAAAAAUCCUGGCUACGCCCCUGCAAACGAGCAUUGUCGUUGCGCCUCAAAUGGUAGGACGAAGGCUGUUGAAUACUAAUUAAAUCAGAGAGAAAGUGCUUUGAUUUUGAAACUUUGUUUUGCAACCUCGAGCCACUUUGAGCUAGAUUCUCGACACAGCUUGAUAUACUGGUGGUGCUUCUGAAUCUUAAUAAUACUGCCAAAUUACUUUUCCAUUUUGGUAUCGUUCCUCAGUCUCCACUAGCGUUACUUUAUCUUGUACCUUAAACCGCCAUUUAUAAGCCCCCCUAUAACUGUUAUAAGCUCAUCUAUCUGUAAACAAAAAAUAUAUCCGAUUUUUAGCCCCCCUGAAAAAAGUCCCCCUCCAAAUAUUGAAAUGACCAGAACUCGAAGGAAUUCCUGGUGGGGUUGUAACAUCCGGUUCUCCAAAUACUUUCCCAAAUUCAGACCAAAAAAGUCAUUUUUCACACCUAUUUCCAGACCUGGCUUUUUAAAUGUAUACCCAUUUUCAGACCAAACAAACAACAGUCACAAACGUAACAGACGUGUAAAGCAGUCAUCAUUUCUUACAUUAGGGUGCCCGCAAAAAAUAUCUUAAAAUUCUUUUGAAAUUUGCCUGUAAUUCUUUCUCUCUCAUUCAUUUGAAAUUGAAAUGACAAAUACAUUUAUGCACUCCCAUAGUACCCUCAAAACCAUACCCGAUUCCAGACCAAAGUGGGCGGGAUACCUGUUUUCAGGUCUCAAAUCAUUGCUUUUGCAUACUUGGAUUACAAACAAAUUUCAUUCAAGAAAUCGGUUCAAUUGUGCAGAUAAUUACACUGUUUAUGAUUAGGACAGACUCUUACAAAGUUAUAUAUUGCCGUCUUUAGGACAGACUCCUGUAAAAUUAUAUACCCUGCUUAGGACCGAGAGGACAAUAACCACACCAUACAUGUCCCCAUAUAGGGCAAAAUAUACCAGAUUUUCUAUCUUACAAGAUUGAGAGCAUUCAGAAAAGGGCUGUACGCAUCAUUUUUCCUUAAUGAAUUACAACGAGGCAUUAAAUGCCCUUAAUUUAACAACUCUAAGUGACAGACGUGCCCAUCUAUGCCAGGUUUAUAUAGAUAGACUCCGGAAUGAGAAUCACGCCCGCCGGCCUUAGCUUGCAUUUUAUGCUCCCCAAACAGGAGGAGGUUGUGCAUAAUUAUAAUCUUAGAUCUGGCAUUAGCCGCUCCAGGCGUCCUUCCUGUAGGACCAAGCGCACACAAGAGUUUGUCACGCAUAAGUAUACCUAGUGGCUUGUACAAUUAUAUUUUCUAGUAUUUAUUGGAUUUAUUGUAUUAUAUUUUAGUAUUAUAUGUUUUGUAAAUAGCUCUGUAAUUCAGCCAUUCUUUAUAUUGCUGCAAUGAGUCUUUAUAAACAGUCAUUAUUAUUAUAUAAAAGAGUACCCCCUCUCCACAUGGCCUGACCACAGGGCCCUCGCAAUAUCUGGUCCUCCGGUUGCAAUAUCUAGUCCCCCGGGCCUCUCUCUCCCUAUCUUAAUCAAAGCUGAGGGAGAAAAAACUGGGCAACAAAACUGGACAAGAAAAUAUUAUUAGGCACAUAUUUAUGGUAGCUGAGGAGUGUGGGAUUUUUUAACAAACAACUUUGCCCAUAUUAUUGUGGCUAAGGAGGGAGUGUCCUAUCUCUGAGAUCCAGACUAGAUCCAUAAAAAUAUUUCUCUGUAAAUAUUAACUUAGCUAACCAUAUUAAUUUAUAGGAUAGUAAUAGCCAGAUGAGGGGAAGGGUCUCUAUGUCAGUGUGUAAUAAAUAUUAUUAGCUAUUGCUGCUAUAAAUGGAUAAUUUUUAUGACAAGCUGGCCUAAUUAUUUUUCAAAAACCUUGAUAAUUAGAGUCAAUUAAAUUAACCACAAUUUUAACAGGGAAGUUUGCUCAACUUUCUCUCCUUUCUCUGUACAAAGCCUUGACACCUCACAAAAGUGGCUUCUCGUGUAUUAAUUUCUCUUUCUUUCCUUCUUUCUUUACUUAUUUUGAUACUCAGACAAUCAUAAUUUUACUCAACAAGAAACUCUACUACUAAUUAAGGAGAUGAAUUAGAUUAUAUGCACCUUAUUUAUGCAUGCAUCAGCAAAAACAUGAAAAUAACAGAUAUACAUAAAUCUUUUGUCAACAGGAAGCUGAAAGGUAUGGAUUUGAGACAGUUCAUGAAAUAUUUUAUCUUGCUGCUGCAGUUUUGAAUCCAACAACUCGCUGUUUCAUUAGAUGUCUGUACAACGUAGGAUUUAGGUUGGUGAAAACAGAAAAUGUCAACUGGAGACAAUUAUCACGAAAUAACUUCAGCCAUCUUUUUGUAUACAAAUCUCCUUUGGCUUCAUAUUUGCAAGGUGGCAAGAGACCUCUUCCUGGUCAAAUUAAACUGGGCACCGUUGUGAAAUUUUUGAAGGAACUUUCAGCCUCAAAUCAAAAUAUCAAGAAUGACAUGGAUGCAAAUAAUGUUGAAGAAGUGCUUGUGUUGAUAGAAAGUCUUGACACUGCAAUGAAGGAAGUGUUUAAGUCAUCGUUCCCUUGGCAUGGUAUGUGACUAUUUUAGAAUCUGUUGAUUUUAUUAUUAUUAUUAUUAAAAUGGAGACGUGUGUGGCCGAGCUUACGGGAAUGUAAAGGUACAGAGUUUGUAUGGAUGUUGAGAAAAAGAGGAAUUUGUGAAGGUGUUAGGAGAGCUUUCAUUGUACUUUAUACGAAGUCAUGUUCACGCAAGAUGAAUCUGCAUGGUUGGACUUCAACAACCCCUUCCCUAUGAGGGUCACAGUGUUCUCCUUAUCAGGCGGUAACCGGAAAAAUUUACCGCCCGAAGCAACACUUCUUACCGCCUGCAACCGCUUGAAGAUUUACUUAAGUGAAAUAUUGAAUUAGUUUUUAAAAAUACUCAAGUUGUGAUCCGAUCCGAUCAAGGAAAUGUAUGAAUGUUUUGUGGAAAAGUAUUAAAGUAUACACAGCUUUCCUUCUUAUGUGCCACACAUUUUGAAAAGAAAACAUUGAAGACAGAGUAAAAUUAUUGGGAUCAAACGGUUUAAAUUGUUGUCUAAAGAUAACAACGGCCGAUUUGCGUAAAAUAGGUCUUAAAAUGAAUUACGUUUCAAACAAGCAACUUAGCUCCUCCUAGGGCGGGGCCAUGCCCCUCACUCCCCCCCCCCGCCUCCCCCUCUGGAAAGUGUACCUCUGCCGGCAUAUUUUUUGCCUUACCGGCCGGGAAUGGUACCUUACCUGCUGAGCUAAAAUUUAGUGGGAACAAUUCUACUACCUCUAUAUAUAGGAAACAUAUAGGGCUCACAACAAAUAAUAAUUUAAAUUUUGAUAUUAGGAAGGGUUAAUUAUAAGAUGUCCAGUCAAAACCUCAGUUUGUAAUAAUAAUAAUUUCAAAAGCGCUGCUGCUACCAAAAGCAAUAUAAAAAAUUAAGCCAUGAUAGUCUACACGCCAAAACUAGUGCAUUUGCAUUGUUUUUCGAACAAAUUUUAUUUGUGGACCAAAAUCAUCACUUACGAAAUUUUUGCAUUGAACCGUUCAAUUGGAUAACCGAUAUGAACACAAUGUCUCACUGGAAAGGAUAGCAUUUCUUGUAUGUUGUAGAGAAUUGCGCAAUUGCAUCCAUGGCUCUCAAGCUGGAGAAUGCUACACGUAAGACUCAAAGGUAUAUGGGUGCUUUGAUGUGGCCAUUUUAUGUCCUGGGGGUAUUUUCCCUAAGAUGUUACCGCGGUUGUAACUAUUAGCCAAAAGAUACUAAUUUCUAAAGAAUUUUACGUUAAGGGUUCCGAGUAAUUUAGAAUCAGCUGGUUUAAGCUUUAGUGAUUUGCUGUCUCUGUAAGUCAGUGGAAGGUGAUUCGGUAUGAUGUAAAGCGGGCUUUUGCAACAUCAGGUUUGUGCAAGUUGCGUGAUUACCAGCUUCUGAUUGGACAAAAUUACGUGUUAGUUACGCCAUACACGAGAGUUACGUCACUUGUUGCAAAACACAAUUGCCUUGGUCUGUUAACACGCGAAACGUGUACAGAUCUUGUGGCAAAAAGUAGAAGAACUCUCUUCUUUGUACAACAACUUUUCGGAAACUGCAUCAACCUUUCAUCAACCUGAUCUGUGUAUGGCGGCCUUCCGCGUAAUUUUAACCAAUAAGAGGUCAGUAUUCACGCAACUCGCAACAAACUAUUUUGUUGCACGACAGGUUUGAACGUGGGUGGUAAAACUAAAAACAUUGCUUUCCAACUCGUUUUAAUUUUGCAGCAAUGUUGCAAAACAAACGAUUUUGUUGCCCGUUGAACGGUAGCUUAACGUUUUUAUUUGUAGGGAGCACUGCAUCUUGUCUUGAUAAUCAAGUAGCUGUUGUUGGUGGAGGAGUAGCAGGUCUUUCUGCAGCAUCGUCGCUCUCUGAAGCUGGGUUUGACGUUGUGCUUCUGGAGGCCGCUGACUAUUUUGGCGGCAGAGUAAAACAAGCACAACCUUUCAAGGGUUUUGCACCAGUUGAUCUUGGUGGAGAAGUUAUUCAUGGAUCAGACACCAUUAUAAACAGAAUUGCUGGAGAAAAUGAUUGGCCUCUUGAGCCGGUAAGAAGACUUGGUUUUCAUUUGUACCUUCUGUGCGGGAAGUUCCGAGAGCGAUUCCCCGAUGUGAUCUGAAAUCCUUCUGUUGACUUUCCUUUGCUUUCCGAGUAGAUUCACUUAGCGUUAAAUACCCAUAAAUCGGAGCACUAAUGGAGAGAGAGAAGGAGGUGGCCGGGGGGGGAGGAACACACUGUCGGCCUCGGGUUUUUCAGUUGAAGUACAUUGAAUUAAAAGACGAGAUGGAAUGAAGUUUGAGACGGCGCGAAUUCACUUUUUAAGUGAAGUUUUCAUUGCCCUCGCCUUAGUGGUUACUUAAGCUCACUAAUCAGUUUUUGCGUUUUUAUUUGACUUGCAUUGUCGCUCCUUAAACUGCCAAAUACUAAUAGAAUAAUAAUGAUGAUACACAUUGAUAUCUCCAGAACUGUAAUAAGAAAUUUUCGCUUUUAAUUGCUUUUGGUAAGGAUUCAAUAUAUUCAAAGGUUUGGUUGCUACUUUCAAGGCAUGCUUUAAGGUCUUAGGCUUGCCAGUUGUCUAUCGUUCAAUGCUGCCAGUUCAGGAUCGAGCUCUGUUGUCCUGACUGUUGUCAGUUUGAAAUAUGGAGGUAUUUUUUUAGCUGCUGGGAUGAAAAACGGCAUCAAAUAUAACCAAGAUCAGUCGAGUAUAAUGCUACUUCUUGAUCAUAGUCUUAGGCAUAAUGCUGUUGUUUUGAAGGUGACGCUCAAAAGGAUAAUGCUCAAAUUUUCGAGCAUAAUGUAUCUAACAGUACCGAAAGAGGCAAAAACCGGAGUCGGUAGACGGCGGAAAUCGAGAACCUAGCCCUUGAGGUUGGGAAAGGGUGAUUACUUACUUACUUUAUUUGUUCUACAGUGCACUGGAUGUGAUGAAAUGGAAACUGAAGAAAUGAUUUACUACAAAGGAAGGUUAAUUCCCCUGCGUAGUGAUCACCCAGAUAUAAGCAAGGCAUACAAAGCUCGCGAGGAAAUCGAUUUAUGGCAGAAUGAAACCGAGGAUGAUAUUCCGCAAAACCCUGUAACACUAGAACAAAAGAGUAAUACGCUUCUGAUUAAUGCUAGAGUGGUGGAGGAGAGUGAAGCUGACUCUAAUCCUGCCAAAGAUUUGGCGAAUGAAGCAGUUGCUGAUUUAGGCGGAGCUCAAGGUGCUGAGAAAAGAGAUAUGAGUGCUCUUGAGUGGUUAAAGGGAAGAGAAUGCGAUGAAGAUGCGAUUGAUGUGUUUGACACAAUUCACUGUCAAGACUACGCUUGCGCGCCCAGUCAAAUGGGAAUGAGGGAAUCAUGCAGGGAAGAGAACGUAUGGGAUUAUGGUUCUGGCGACUAUAGGUGAGUUGAGAAUGAUUUAGAAAGUGAUACUACAUCAAAAUAGAAGAAAUGAUCUCAAGUAAAAAGAAAAACAUCUUCCUUGUCAAUUUACUAUCAAAUUUCGUCUUUUCAUCUGUAAGGUGAUGUUACACAAGACGAUUCGUAACGACGAUUUUUAGCGCAACACAGCGUUGCAAUGUUGAAACAAUGUUGUAACUAUUGGAAACAAUGUUGCAACAAUGUUGCAACGCUGUGUUGCGCUAAAAGUCGUCGUUGCGAAUCGUUCGUCUCAUGUAACAUCACCUUUAAAGGUGUCUCGUCUUUUUCUUUCGUUUGACUUUUGAUUUUCCCUUCUUUUUUCCAGACUGACUGGUUCUUAUUCGCAGUUAGUGGAUUAUUUAUUAAACAAAUGCAACAGAGUUGAUAUGCGCCUUAACUGGCAAGUGAAAGAAGUAAAGUGGAAAGGUUAGUUUUAUUGUAGGUAGAUCGUCUCUACCUUGCUUGCCUAAAGGCGAUGUUACACAGGACAAUUCGCAACGACGAUUUUUAGCGCAACACAGCGUUGCAAUGUUGGAACAACGUUGCAACCAUUUGAAACAAUGUCGCAACAAUGUUGCAACGCUGUGUUGCGCUAAAAAUCGUCGUUGCGAAUAGUCUCAUGUAACAUCACCUUAACGCGGCUGCCUUCUCCUCUUGCAGAAAACGUUGGUCAGAUCCCGGAUGGAAAAAACGUGAGAACAGUUCAAGCGAUACCUGGUGAAACAAUUGUUCUGAAAAACCAACAUGGGGAAAUGUUAACAGCUAGGUACGUUGUCAUAACGGUGCCUCUUACGAUCCUCAAAGAUGGUGAUAUCGACUUUGUUCCUGCUUUACCAGAAAACAAGAAAAAAGGGAUAGACAGUAUCCACAUGGGAGGAGCGCUGAAAAUUGUUUGUCGUUUUAAAUCACAGUUCUGGUCAGAUAAAGUAAAUCUUAUUUACUGUGUGCGAGGUUUCGUCGGCCAAAUAUGGAUGUACACACGUGACUCACUUGACAGUGAUGAAAAAUGUCAUGUGAUCGUUGGCUUUCAAACUGCUGAGCCUGCGGAACAGAAAAUGAAUCUCAGUGAAAAGGAUGUUUUGGACGGAUUCCUCCAGCAGUUGGACGAAAUAUUCGGGUGAGUUCAUAACAAAUAGGACGAUCAGAGGAUUCAUAGGAGAAUUUGACAGUUCAUCUCGUUAAUAGUGAUCAUGUAUUAGAGAGUUUUAGAUUUCAGGAGGAGGACGACUGCGAGGACAACAUUCAAUUUUAAGUUUUCUCGUCUAUUCUCUAAAAUCAGACACUCUGGAAAUCUUCAUUGUACGUUUUUUCUCCACACAAGUUAGUACGCUUAUUUCCGUUGAAGGAGGUAAAGACCUCUCUCUAUUGCUCAAUUAUAAAAUUUCUAACAUACCACAUCUGAUAUCUCUUUUUUCGCCACUACGACAUUCUCGCUCGUAGUAGACCAGGGGUAGACUGACGACGGCUACCACAUCUUCCCGCCAAAAUGACGUUGGUUCGCGCGCGCGCGCCCGCGGACUACUUAGUAUUGGGAAAAUCUCGUUCUCGUAUUCGCGUAGUCGUCCUUGUCGUAGAAUCUAAAGCUCUCUAUUAACAGAAACAGUAGCGGAAACUUUUCCUAUCAUUACAUUAUGGUAGUUAAGUUAGCCUGAGAAAACAGCCGACAUUUCUCGACGCCACCAGCGGUUCCCCCGCAAAAUGGCGUCUGAGGAACGAACGCAGAAAUUCCCUGAUACUGAUGACGUGUCACUUCCCAUAUUUGGGUAGUGAGUGAUUCUGAUAGGGUUCGUCCAAUCAGAAGCACGUCGUGACACGAGUAGUGAUACGUCAUGAUCAGUAUGGAAUUUUUUUAAAUAUUUCUCAGAGUUCAUUUCGCAGGGAAACCAGUGGUGGAGUCGCGAUAUAUUGGCUGUUUGCUCAGGCUAUAGUUAAGGAAAGAUAGAAGAGAGUGAAAUCGUUCACUGUAUGCCAGUGCUUUUUAAAACUAUCGUUUUCCCUAGUUUGGGUUCGGUAGCUUUUUCUUUGUUAAAUUAUAAGUUGCAAAGUUUAAGCCCCUUAAUUUGCACUAGACUUUUCUACCUAUAGUGUUCCCUCCUUCAUUUUGUUCCUCCUUCCAAACGAAAGGAUCGUCCAAGAAAGCGCUCAUGAAGUUUCGAGUCGCUUUUUUUCAACAUUGAAAAAUCACCUCGACAGAAAUCAAAGGAAACCCCAAAGUAUUUGUUAAAAAAAGAGUAUAUUGAACUAUAGAGGAUGGCGUAUUAUCUUGGACGGACGAGAUUAACUUGUAUUACAAACGAGAUACUUAAAAAUUGUAUGCAAUUAUGACACCACAAGGUAGCUCCUGUGAGGUGAUUUACUGUCCAAUAUCUUUGUCUUUCUUUCUAGCACUGAAUCGCAACCUAAUCUUGCUACGGACCAACUGAUGGACUACGUGUAUUAUCACUGGUCAAAACACCCUUUUAUACGUGGGGCCUACAGCUCACCUACUGUGCAUGCGCAAGGCAUGCGUCACGUGCUUGCCAGCCCUGUGCAAGACCUUUUGUUCUUUGCUGGUGAAGCUACCAAUGUCACGGCCUGUGCUUGCGUUCAUACGGCCAUGGAAACGGGAAUUAGGGCUGCUAAUGAAAUUUGUGGAGUUGCCAAACGCGUUCAGCUGGAAUCCAAACAAAAGUGA